AUGCAAGGGUACGUACCUCCCAGCCAGCGGCUAUUCCACGCCAGACACAGAAUAACUAGAGAUGAUUUGAAAGAUGAGCCCCUGCACAUGGGGUCCACCGAUUGGACGACGAUCCUCGACACCGCGGUAGAUAAGGACUCGAGCCUCAUUAGCUACGCAGUCCCCAUAAUAGAUAAUUUUGCCAUUCCUCGAGCCAAUUCGCUGGAGAGCCCCGCAGCGUCCACACGAAACAAUAGAUCGACCGUGUACUCUUCUUCGUCUUCCUCCGUUUCUUCUGUCUUCUCAGAUGGUCUAUUUACACCGAAUCCCAAUAAGAACUCAUCAGGAUCAUCCUCUUUGGUGAUCAGACCGCAAAAAAAUUUGAGUGUAGAUUCAUUGAUCCAGGAAAACAAGAGGAAAAUCAACGACGAGAAAGCAUCGCUGUCACUGAUCGCCAAUAAUAAUAACGAAACCUUAUCCACUCAUCCCGACCUAUCCAUACAAAAUCUGAUCAGGUCACAGACAAAAAGAAAUAUCUUGAACCUGAAGUUUCAAAAUAGAAACUUAUUCAGAAGAGAACUGAAGCUAGAAAAGUUUUGGGAUAAUUUGAGAAACUACCAUACCUCUGGUGUCGAUGGUGAUCUGCUACUAGUAAUUAGAAAGCACAACUUAUAUUGGUUUGGAAUACCGAAUGAUUUCCGUCUUCCCAUAUACAAGAGAUGUUUAUACCACCAUAUCGAACAAGAUGAUGCUACAUCUUUCAGCCAGCACAGGAAAAAUCCCUUGUACUUAGCAAUAAGGAAUUGUUGUAAUAACGAAGAGCAAGAAACUUUAUCCCGGGCAAUCUUCAUAAACCUGAUAAAAAACGUCACUUGGUUGAACAGUCGUUUCAGUGAUGAUAAGGACCGUAGGGAUGUUUACACUAUUAUCGAGAGCAAGUUUUACCAAAAUUUCCCUAAUCUGUACUACCACUUGAAAGAUAAAUUGCAAUUGAAUGUUAUAACAGAUUUUAUCAAGCCUGUAAUAAGAAAUUUCAUAAUCAAUGCACUGAACAAGCAUAAGCUAGAUGGUAUUGGUUUGGAGCUAUUGGAUAUUUUAAUAGUGACCACUUACUACGGACGGGACGAAAUCAACGUCUUUUUAAUGGACACAUUUAUCUUACAUCUAUUAAAACAGUGUCACUUUAAGUUUUUUGUUGAUAACAUCUCUGAAGUGAUCAUGCAGAUUUCAAAGAUUGAUUGUGACCUGGUCAUUCUGCUAGAAGAUCUGAGGUCCCGAAUUGAUUUGGUUUGA